GAUGUCCAAGGACCUUCAAUACCACCUCCAAGCCGGUGCCUUCCUUCUGGAAUCUCCAACGUCGUCAUCGUCAUCGUCGAGUUUACAAACUACUCUGCAAGACCGUCUUGCCCAAUACUACGACUACCUGCAGCAGCCGUGGAAUGUUGAUGAUAGUGCCUCGGUGCAAGAGACUAAACAAGUGACAGCGGAGGAGGCCCUUUCCGUCGUUGGUUGCGUUCAACGAAUAGUUGGUGGACAAAAUGGUAAAGAAGACAUUCCACUCAUCGGAACACGCGAUAUGGCCGAGAUACGCACUCUCCUCUCCAUCGUGUUUAAAUGGGGCGUCGAACCGCUCUUAUCACGUCUCAUCGUCACAUUACCUACCCCCUCUACGUCGAAAAGGGUUCAAAUUGCCAGUGAACAUAGAUUGAAAGACUACGAGCACCUCUGCAAGCUGAUCCGUGGGAUUUUCGUUCUCCUGUUUCCUUCUGGUGUGCAAAGUCGUAUACCACAAACGUUGAUUACUACGACAGUGCUGAACAGGCAUGUCGCAGACGUUCUGAAGCCUGCGAUAGUCCUUGGGUGGCUUCCAAAGUCUUUGGCAACAGAAUAUAUACUGCCUUACGAUAGCGUCCGGCCUUUGGCUAUUCGUCUUCUAUCCAUCCUACACCCAUCGCAGAGCAUCACAGCCCUUGGAGGCGUCAUCUCUUCCCUCUCCCCUGGACCAGUGUUUGCCCAGCGUACCUGUUCUAUGCUUCUCAGUAAACAGGUGAUGCGUACACAAGGUGUAAACGGAUUAUGCGCUGCUGUAUUUGGAGACUCUGAGGAUUCCGGGGAAGAAGUGCAUUUGGACAAACUCGAGCAUGUAGCAAAGGUCCUGACGGCAAUUCCGAAAGGAAUGGAAGCCAAGGACUACUAUAGCGCCACUGUGCCGCGAGUUCUUGCGCUUCUCUACAGCGAGACACCCGCGUCCUACAAACGUGCGGCAGCGUUUACUAUCUCUAGGAUGCUAGCAGCAGACGGAUCUUCUUCACAUCAUGAAAUUGCAAGAAGUAUUAUCAUGCCCUUGCUUCAUUACCCUUUUCUGCACGUCACAGCACUCUCUAAUGAAACAAACAGUCUAGGGCAGCGAAUCGAUCCACUUUCCCAGACAAGUCCUAGUGUCUCUUCGUCGAAAUUAAACCCCAACACAGCGUUGACAGCCCUAUCCACUCUCAUAACCAACACCGAUCCACUGCCGACGCUCAUCGCCACGCUACUUUCCCCGGUCAUACCUUCUCUUUACUCUCUUCUGGAGCAUCUGGAACAUGUUCGCACGUCCGAUCCCACGUCCCGUGAAACUGUUCGCAGUAUGUUAGAAACGUGGGGUCGCGUUGUUGAGAAAGAAGAAGGGGUGCGGAUCAUUUGGAGCAUCAUACAGAACGAAGGUGGUGAGAUUGGUUGGAAGGUGAAUUUGGAGGGGCAGAUCCACCAGGUCGACAAAGAGAAAAAUUUUGGUCUUGCGAUAUUUACUCCAGAAGAUCUAGAGAAGGCUGAGCUGGCAGGAGAGCUUGAUCCGGAUGCUAAUAUCAUGGAUCUAUACCCGGAUCCACCACAGUUUGUCUCAUUCUUGAAAAACCUUGAUAGGAGAGAUGUGAGUGGAGAGUUGUUUGUUAGGAUGCUGGAGGCAUAUAGGGAUUCUCGAGCAGAUGGUGAUCCGGUCAAGACAUUGCUAUACCUGCAACUCAUCAUGCAGAUCCAAGCGAAAAUGUCUAAUGGCGAUGGGAAGGAGAACAUAUUGAAGGAUCCGAGCCAUAUUUUGACGUUUGUAAAGCAUGCUUUGGAGACGCGCGUUCAGUAUGAUGCAGGUUUUGAGGAAACGAAAAAUCCCCUAAAGUUUAUACACACUCAAGAAGACCCUGAGCAAGAAGACAGCGAUGACGAGGACACGCCGGAGUACGACGAGAUGACAGAAACAAGCAUCAAUCUUCUAUUGUCGAUAUUUGAAGCAAAUCCUUACCUUUCAGCACGAACAGAACCCGUUCUAAACAAGAUUUUUGAGCUCCUUGAACCUCUCGCGAAAGACGGGCCAGAAGGGAUCAGGCCAAUCGCCAGGGAAGCGAGGAUGGUCAUGACUGCUCGACUCGCAUCUACGUCUACUGCCAUUCCCAGCAAAAGGAAAACCAAAGACGACGCCGAGGAGGCGCGAGAGACGUAUCAGCGUGCUCUCAAACUCUUGCAGGAUCCUAUAUUACCUGUACGUGCACAUGGGCUGUUGCUUCUUCGAGGAUUGGCGAAGGGAGGAAAAAUGGAAGAAGCGCUGAUACCAGCAGUGCUAGCAAUAUUUUUGCAAGCACUGCAAGAUGAAGACUCAUAUGUGUACCUGAACGGAGUGCAGGGGCUGGCCGGAAUGGUUGAGGGUGGAAGAUGGGGCAGAGAGGUCCUCAGAGGGCUGGUCGGGGACUACGCUAAAGGGAUGUCCGGAGGAUAUGUGUGGAGUCGGAGCGAGGUAGACACGAGGGUCAGAAUCGGGGAGGCUUUGGGAAUGGUCAUAAGACGCUGUGGUAGCGCAUUAGGUGCUUAUGUUGAUAUUAUCGUGCCAAUCCUUCUGCAUGUUGUCCGUAUGCGUGAAAUGCCUACGACGUUGCGUACGUCAGCUAUCAGUUUACUGGGCGAGUGCGCCGCCACACAUGCACUGGCACUUGCGUUAUACUUCCAAGAUCUUGUGGGCGGAAUGGUUGAUCUGCUUCAGCUGGAAAGUGUGCAAACGGAGGAGGGCGACCGAGAGAAAAGUAUGGAUGAGAAUCCCACCAAGGCUGAUAGCAAAUUCCCACCGAUGAGACGGGCAGCAGUGAGGUUCUUAGGUGUACUGGUGAGGGAAGCAACCAAGUCUGUCUAUAAUGAUGAGGAUAUAGGGUAUGAGAGGCGAAUAUGGCAGGCAGAUGUCUUAAGGAGAGCCAAGGUGACGCUUGGGUAUCUCUCUGCGACUGACGGAGAUGGGGUUGUUAGGGUUAUGGCAAGAGAAGUUGGAGAGCAGCUGGAGCAUUUGGAAGAGGCAUUUGUGGAGUCGGUUCGAUAGUUUCUUUGUAUGCAAUGCUCUUCCAUACGCGUAACUCCGGAACAGAUAAAUGCAUGCGACGGGGGUCU